AUGACACCAAAAACCCUCUUCUUCCUCAUCAUGCACAUUGCAUAUACAAUUAUUACCUCAGCCACAAAACCAAAAUUCUCAGCCAUCCUCGUGUUUGGAGAUUCGUUGGUAGACACUGGCAAUAACAACUUCAUUGACACUACCUUUAAGGCAAACCACUUUCCGUAUGGCCAACUCUUCCCUAGUCAUAUUGCCACGGGGAGGUUCACUGAUGGGAAAAUGAUUCCUGACUUCUUGGCAUCUUCACUAGGGAUCAAGGACACCGUCCCUCCUUUCCUUGACCCAAACCUCUUAGAUGUUGAGGUUAAGACUGGUGUCAACUUUGCAUCAGCUGGGUCAGGCUAUGACAAGCUCACGACUUCAUUUUCUGGUGUGCUUUCAGUAUCGAAGCAAGUAGAGUACUUGAUGGAUUAUGUGGAGAGGUUGGAGAGGGUUGUGGGGAAGUUAGAAGCUACUAGGAUAUUGAACUCAACUUUGGUUCUUAUAGUUGCAGGGUCAAAUGACUUUGCGCUUAAUUACUUUCUUAUGCGCACCAGGAGGACUCAAUUUACUCUCAGUGGAUACCAAGAUUUUCUUCAGGAAAACCUUCAAAAUUUCACAAAGGAUUUGUAUAGCGUGGGGCUUCGAAAAAUGGCUAUAGGGAGUCUUCCUCCAUUUGGGUGUUGGCCAAAUCGGAAAACUCAAGGACUUUGUUCAGAGAAAGUGAAUAAAAUUGCUAAAUCUUACAACGACAAGCUAGUGAAGAAGAUUCCUCAAUUACAGGCAUCCCUACUUGGCUCUCGAAUUGCCUACGCUGAUAUAUAUGGACCUUUGCUUGACAUGGGCAAUCAUCCCCAAAAAUAUGGUUUUGAGGUAGCAGACAGAGGAUGCUGUGGGAUCGGAAUUAUCGAGAUAGGUCCGCUGUGCAGCCCAAUCACACCAACGUGUUGUAACUCUUCGCAGUACAUGUUCUUCGACGGUGCUCAUCCCUCCCAGUCCGCUUAUGAAUUCCUUUCCACCUCCCUUCUCACCAAGACCAUACCCUCCCUUCUUUAG